AUCAGACUUCGCAACACACACCACGCACAMCAAUUACUAGCCGCGACAACGAAAGAAUCCCAAUGCCUCCRUCUUCGUCGGACGGGACGCCCUGGGUGGAGCGCUACCGCCCCAAGACGCUCGACGACGUCUCCCACCAGACCGAGGUGGUCUCGACCCUCAAGAACGCGGUCAAGACGGGCCGGCUGCCGCAYCUGUUGCUCUACGGCCCACCKGGAAGCGGGAAGACCAGCGUGGCCCUGGCCCUGUGCAAGGAGCUCUGGCACCCGACGCAGUGGCGCCGCCGUGUGUUGGAGCUGAACGCCAGCGACGAGCGCGGAAUCAGCGUGGUCCGGGAAAAGAUCAAGCAGUUUGCAAGCCUGUCCGUGGGGAAGGYCGGGAGCCACACGGCCCCGCAGGCCAGGAAGGACUUUUUCGGCACCGGCAGCCACGGGAGUGCCGAUGCCACGGCGGGGGAGGCAUCGGAGCAAACMGGCAACACCAACGACAGCGAGGCCAAAAGCUACCCCAACCCGCCCUUCAAGGUGAUCAUUCUGGACGAGGCCGAUACCGUUACGAAAGAUGCCCAAGCCGCUCUUCGACGAAUCAUCGUAAGUACACUGGUAAUCAGGAAUGGAACCGGGGGACGAGGACAAGAACUACAAGUAAUGCGAUGCGAUGCGAUACGAUACGAUACGAGGGGACGAAACGGUUUCCAGUGGGAGAGGGACAAGCAUUUUUCCAUUCUCGCUCCCUCGUCCGCGCAUCUAUUCCUUUUGUUGCUCCCUUUUUGUUCUCGACUCACACUCGCCACUGCCUUUUUUCGAUCUUCCACCAAUCUACCGGACAAUAUAGGAAGCGCACUCGCGCAUCACCCGUUUUAUUUUGAUCUGCAAUUACGUAACGCGGAUCAUCGAGCCCCUGGCCUCCCGGUGUGCCAAGUUCCGGUUCCAGGCGCUUCCCCCUUCCACUAUGAAGGAACGGGUCACGGCCAUUGCCCGGGAGGAGGGCCGMAAGCAGAGCGGGGGCCGCAACGAGGCAGCGGUCAUCACGGACCGCCAGAUCGACGCCGUCCUGGCCGUCUCGGGGGGAGACAUGAGGCGGGCCGUCACGUCGCUGCAGUCGGUCCAGGCACUGCUGGCGGGGCAGCAGCCGGGAACCGCCGCCGACAUWGACGAAGAGGCCAUCUACGAGCUCGCGGGUCUCCCACCCGGUGCGGUUGUCGAGGUACUCUACCAGUCGCUGCUGUCGAACAGCUUUGACACGAUGCAGGCCGCCGUCAAGAACGUCCUGCACGACGGAUACUCGGUUCAGACGCUGCUGCAAAAGCUCCUGGACCGGUUCCUCGAAACCGACGACCUGGACGAGCUGGGCCGGGCCAGGAUCGCGAUCCGGAUCGCCGAGGCGGAGGACAAGAUGAACGACGGGGCCGACGAAUACCUCCAGCUCAUGACGGUCUGCGGGUUGGCCCUCAGGUGUCUGCAGGAGAGCGCUAACAAGAUGAAGCAAUAGAUACCGGUGAGCUCCAUGCCAACCGGGAAUGCGCUCGAAAUGGGGCGGUGUCACGCCUUGCCAAACAAAGCAACAAAACAAAAACACCAAUAGUAGAAUAUGUUGCGGCCUCGUGCAGCACAGASGGACAAAAAUGCUGUGCUGCUUUUUACGUUGCGAACUUCACGAGAGAAAUAUCGCCCCUCUCUCUACUUCUUMCACAAACUCUAACACAAAUAAUACGA